AUGUCUCAUGAAGGAAGCAUGGGAAUGGCUGCCACAGAUCAAUUCUUAAGUUUUCGUCUUGGUAGACUGAAUAAGCUGUUCCAGACCACAACGCUGCUUUUUAUUGCAGCGAUCAUCGUGCUUCAGCAACGUUACUUUAAAACUGAAAAUACUAUCAAUGGUGCAAUACGAAUCUCUUUGAAAGCACCUUCAGAUGGAGUUUCUACGCCGCUAUAUUGUCGAAAUACCGCACAACCAUGUGUGUAUUGGGAUGAAAAUGAUAUUCUAUACGAGUCAAACACGAAUGCCGCAUUGAUCACAACUCACGCUAAAAUCACCCAGUAUAACAGUAACCCUUUUUUUAGUCAGCAUCCUAAUCGAUCCUUCCCUCAUACAGCUAUGACGAUGACCACAACAGGGUUGAUGCGGUCAGCCUGUGAUGUCAAUGUGCCGACAGUUCCUGAAUGUGUUCAGCACAAAGAAGCAACCUCGACACAGUUGCUUCCAGCUUCCAUGGUAGCGGACAUUGAAAGAUUCACACUGGUGAUCGAACAUUCCAUCCAUAGACAAACCAUAGGAGCACAGAUGCGAUCAUCAAACAUGAAAUCAGGUAUUUUGCGCCACUUUCAAACUGGAGAGAUUAUAAAAACCUUCACAGGAUCGAGUCAUGAAAACAGCAAUCGGGACAAAAAUAUUUUCAAUCAUCCAUCUAGCUCUGUUGACAUUAUGACCAUGGACGACCUCCUAAAGGCUUCUGGUAUAGACUUGGACCAACCCUCCACCGCUCCUAAUGCCUCUUCUGGAGAGGCUGUUCGGCAAAUGGGUGUCGUUGUCAUGGUGGUCAUCCAAUAUUCCGCCAAAGGAUGGAGUCCUCAUCAGACCAGAUAUGAAUAUCUUCCGAAAGUGGUCUCUGAUCAGGACUACAAGGUCGUCGAGACAAUCCGAAAUUUCCGGAAUGGCGAAAAAGUGGAGAUCACUCGACAAGGUGUCCGGAUUGUAAUUUCACAAGCUGGCCAGCUUGGGCAAUCCUCAUUUAUGGUGCUCAUGCUGCUCUUGGCAAACUUGAUUGUGGCAGUAGUGCUGUUCAGGAUGGCUAGCAUGGUCAUCGAGCUUACGAUGACUCGCAUCCGUCCUCAAAAGAAUAUGCAGAGUUGUACCAGGUUCGAAAAUACAAAAAUCAUUCAUUCAGAAACAAGAAAGCGUAUUCAUGCUUGUGCUGGUCAUAGGCGCGGCUAUUAUACCCAUAUAAAAUCAAACCCAACUGGCGUAGAAGGCAUCCAUGACGAACAAAAGACGAAAAAAAACACCAAAGGUAAUGGUCGCGCAGCAUCAGCACCAGCAUCAGCAAGGAAGGAGCCUCGCAUUGUUAUGUCAUCUCAAGCAAACCCUACUCUCAAAAAGAUCAAGGACAUUCCAGAAGUUCGUGCGAAAUCAUUGGAUGUGCAAGUCAAACAAGUCAGCAGCACCCGAUACGCUUCAGAGAACGACGAAAGCGAAACAGAGGAUACUGUGCAAGUUUUGCGGGUCUCAGGGCGACGGCAGGCCAGUCAACUAGAUGCGCUAGCAGGCGGUCGGCAACAGCCGUCUGAGGGACCCACCUCAACAAUACCACCGCAUACUGCUCUCGGUUCAACUUUUAGUGAUAUCGAAAAGCCACCUGCAGGCAUAGUAGCUCUUGACUGGAAUAGGAACGGAUCAAGCUCAGCAUUGAGCAGUGAUGCCACCCCAGGAGUUGCUAUAGGCCUGAGUCGUUCUGGGUCCUUAAGAAAUCGAUGUGAAGGAGGAAGAUCUACUUCUGAAGACACAGAGACGGAGAUUUGGUUUGGCACUCACCAACCGAACGACUUUAGGGGCUUCAACCCUGCAGGCUUAGAGCUCGACAGAACAGCAUCUCUGCUCAACCAACAAUCAAUGACGCCUCAUUGCGUACUUCAAAGGGUAGCAACCCCAGAGCUUCCAUCAGCUUCAGUUUAUGCACCACCUAUAGCGAAGACUGGAGAAGAUAAAGAGUUAUCGACCGUUUGCCACUCACCCGCGGCUAUGCAAGCAGCGUCCCCAAAGCCUGUAUGUAUUAGUCUGCGGAAUGGAAAAGAUACUGCUACAGGAAAUAAUGAUGGCCUAUUCUCUCGAAACCAUAUUGUAUCCACACAAAAAGCACCCCUUUUUGGGCCUCAUGAGGCAGGGUAUGGGACGCCACGCCAAUUCGCAAGUCCAUUGUCGUUGUUUUCGUCCUCGGCAUCAUCGCCGUCCUUGCCAUCCUCAUGCGAAGGCUCUGAUCGGCAGUCAAUAACCAAUCAUCAUAUGAAUCAAAAACACCACGAUAUUUUUAUGGCAAAGGCUAAUGGCAGCAGCCGUCAUGAAAAGAAGAAGCGCAGGAAAGGAUCGUAUACAGCCAUAACCAGGCCAAGAUCAAUCUCAUUUCGCCACAACACAUCUACGACGAAACCAUUUUUUGGCUUGGGACCAUCUGGCAAUUUAUCAUCAUUCUCGUUGGCUUCCACCUUGACCUCCCAAAGAGGAGUCGACAUCAAAGGCAAGAAACCAGACCAUUCUGGCUCCUCAGCAAGCGACGAGGAUGUAACAGACUUUUUAUCUGUCUUCCACAUUAAUAUGAGGCCGUAUGAAUCAUCAUCUCCAGUCUACAUGUACCAAAAGCUCGAUCAAAUGUUGAGUCCCAAAGAGUUAUCAUCAUCGCCAUCAUUUGCCUCUUCAUCGUCCGCAUCAUAUAACAGGAAGACAGAUACUUCUCCUUUAAGCCUCCAUUCAUUGCCAUCGGUUUCAUUUGGAAAGCAGCCACAGAGAACGGGCUUUUACCAAACAAUGGAGUCUUCACUGUCGUCGCCAAGCCUGCUUUCGAGCCAUAAUGGAGUUCAAUGCACUGAGUCCCCUGGCUUUCCUCGCCCCGACACUAUUGAAUCCUGUGACAGUAGUGCACUUGAGCUUAUUCCUUCAGUUCCCUCUCCGGCUCCUACUCCUAUUGCUUCGAUGUUCCCAGAGGAAACACUAGAGGAAGAGUACCCAGACUUUUGUUCCAUGGCUGUCACUGAUUUACCCCCAAUGGUUUCUGAUUGGCGAUUCCCUAGUUUGGACAAGGUACCGACGCUUGUAGGCAACAUUACAGGUGCAAGUGACGAAGUGACUGAAGCUCUGUCUGGUGCUCCUGCCGCUGGUGCUGAAUCUACAGCUAAUCCGUCCGUGGAAGUCAGUCCAAAUCGAAGUGGAAGUGCGUCUGUUGCAACAAAUGGGUUCCGUGCUUCUGUCGCUGUUGAAGGAUCUAGUUCAACUACUCAUCAUGAUACUGAACCGGAGCUCUUCUAUGGAUCACCGAGCAACUCAUUCACAACGGUCGCAUCACUUUCAACAAGUACGCUCAGGACUGCAUCUACGGAGACUGUGUCAUCUUCAAUUUCCUCCGCAUCGCACACUUAUACUCUGGGGUUGCCCGUAGCCCGUAUCUCAUCGACCACGUCGCUGUCGAGGGCUAGUUCGGGUUGUGCUCAAGAAUUUCAGCAAAGCUCAGGCUCGGUUCCUCAAUCCAUAGCAAGUGGGACUAUUUCAUCCUUUGUUAGUCACAGCGCUUUAGUUCGAGAGUAUUCACAGAACAACAAUAGCAACAGCAGCAACAACAGCAACAGCAGCGCAACAGACAAUAUCGUCCAUACGACAAUGAUUAAUGAGAACCCAAUUCAUCCUGCUACAACUCCAAGCAAAGUUUAUUCUCCUCCACCACCAUCGCUACCAUCGCCGACUAACAAUUUUUUCACUAGUCCCAUUACCUCUAGUUGUACAACAACCCUGGCAGGGUCAGGUGUCCGUAUGUUGAGCAAGACGAUCACCAUAGUCACAGCUGACAACCGCAAGCUAGUCUUGCGCAGGAGUGAACCUUUGAUCCUGAACGAAGGCGUUGGCGAAGAGAAGGCAGCUCGCAUGUGA